AUAUUAUAUUGCAUUCUCGAUUGGAAAUGAAGAAGAAAGGCACAAAAAGAAAUGGAGGAUGCCAUAGUCUUGUAUCCAUCUCCGGGCAUGGGCCAUCUGAUCUCUAUGGUGGAGCUAGGCAAGCUCAUACUCAAACACCACCCAUCAUUCUCCAUCACGAUCCUUAUCCUCACCCCACCCUACACCACGGGCUCCACCGCCCAAUACAUCGCCACCGUCAAUGCCGCCGCCCCUUCCUUAACCUUCCACCAUCUCCCCACCAUCCCUCUCUCUGCCGCCACCAAACACGUCGAGCAGCUUGCCUUCGAGCUCUCGCGCCUCAGCAACCCUAAUCUCCACCAAGCCCUUCAAACCAUCUCCCAUACCUCCAAUCUCAAAGCCCUUAUCUUUGACUUCUUCAACAACGCUGCCUUUGAAGUCGCCACAAACCUUCACAUCCCUGCUUUCUAUUACUACACCUCCGGCGCAAGUUCUCUCACCGGACUCUUAUACACCCCCACCCUCCAUAGAAACACCACCAAAAGUUUCAAAGAUGACAAUACGCUCCUUCAUAUCCCUGGCAUACCACCAAUCCAUGCUUCAGAGAUGCCUACACCUUUACUUGUGCGUGAUACUGAUGUAUACAAUAAUUUCCUACAAACGGGAACCCAGAUGUCUAAAUCCAAUGGAAUUAUCUUAAACACGUUCGAAUUGCUAGAGACAAAGGCCGUCAAAGCCAUAUCUGAUGGCCUUUGCGUGCCCGACGGUCCAACCGCAUCUAUAUUUUGCAUUGGACCGUUGAUCUCGACCAACCAUGUUGGAGAUGAGCACGAGUGCAUGAGUUGGCUAAACUCACAACCCAGCCGAAGUGUUUUGUUCUUAUGUUUUGGUAGCAUGGGUUUGUUUUCAGCCAAACAGCUGAAGGAAAUUGCGACAGGGUUGGAAAAUUGUGGGCACCGAUUUUUGUGGGUGGUACGGGCUCCACCCGCAGAAAAUAAGAGCCAGAGCCAGUCAAUUUUGACACCAGAAGAGCCCAACUUGGAUGAACUAUUGCCACAAGGUUUUCUUGAAAGAACAAAAGAUAAGGGACGUGUAGUGAAGUCAUGGAUCCCGCAGAUGGAUGUGCUGAGCCAUGACUCGGUGGGCGGGUUUGUGACGCACUGUGGGUGGAACUCGGUACUUGAAGCGGUAUGUGCGGGCGUGCCGAUGAUUGCGUGGCCUCUGUAUGCAGAGCAGAAGAUGAAUAUGGUGUUUAUGGUCAAGGAAAUGAAGGUGGCAGUGGCAUUAACGGCAACGAACGAGUCUGAAGAUGGGUUCGUGAGUGCGGGUGAGUUGGAGAAGCGAGUCAGAGAGUUGAUGGAGUCUGAUAGAGGAAAAGAGGUGCGAGAGAGAGUUUUGGGUAUAAGAAAUGGUGCAGUGGCAACAAUGAAAGAGGGUGGGUCAUCUCUUGUUGCCUUGGCCAAACUUGCUCACCUCUGGAAACAAACGGUGACAUGAAUCUGAUUCAAUCGGCUACGCAGUCUACCACUGUAAUUAAUGUUCAUAAGGUUGAAAUUGUUCUUUCCAUAACAUAUAGUACUCUGUCUUUAAGGUU